ACAUGUUUUUUCCUGAGCUUUCCCUUCUUGAACCCCAAACAGAUGUCUGUAAACUCUGUCCUGCUAUGACAUUUUGUUUGAGUGCCAUCCCAGGUCCCUGGUGUGUCUACCUUCUGAUAAUACCACCAGGCAUAAGGUCUACUCUUAUGAACACAUUUAAACUUUGUUCUUGAAGUAACCUUUCUCUAAAUCUAGUUAACACUGGCACCAGAGCCUCAACCUAUGAAUUUGAAAGAAGUGCAAAUUGGUAUCGUAACUGUGCCAAUUACGCACACAUCUGUGUGUAGCGCGUUGAAUGCAAUGUUCUUGCGAUAGGUAGAAUGAAGUUUGGACGGCUUAGCCUGAAGUCCAAAACCCAAGACUGACACUCACAUAUUGUGCUAACAGUGUUCACUUUCUUACCCCCAGGGCUUCCCUUUUACACUGAGAGUCAACAUGGCUUCUAUGUUGACUGUCCACCUCUUUAGCGUUUUUCUAAAUUAGCAUUUAUUCAUUGUACAAAAUAUCGGGCUUCCUAAUCGUGCAUGUACAGAAUGUACUUUGCUAAUAUUUACACCCAUUACUCUCUCUUGUCCCUUCCACACUCUGGUCCUUACACACACACACACACACACACACACACACACACACACACACACACACACACACACAUACUCAUAUACAUGCACUUUAAAUAGAGACUCUUUUCAUAAAAAAGAAUAUACAAGGUAUUUGUUAUGGCUCUGGCUUAUUUCACUUAGCAUUAUGGUAUCUAAGACUAGCAUUUUUUUUAUACAAAGGACAUAAUGUCAUUCUUUAUAGCUAAAUAAGGCUCCCUGGUUUAUAUAUUUUCCUCAUGUGUAUAUUAUCUGUUGCUGAGCACUGUCCACUCCUUGGUUCUGUGACUUGAACAGCAACAGACAGUGUUGUGCAGAUGCCUGUCAGGGUGCCUUCGAGACCUCUAGGGAUAUUCCCAGGCUUGUUGGAGCUGGACCCUAGUCAUCCACUACUUUACGUCCAUUUAAAUGGUCAGCACAAGUGAGAGUUGCCUACUGGGGUUUGCCUAAAGGAGGCAUUGCUUCUCUGUCAUCCCUAGAUUGAACAUUGUAGAGAUACAUAUAAGGAUAAAAUAAAAGAUAGGGAAAUAAAAUAUGCUAUGAAGUAUUGACAGACAUUAUUUUUCUUAAUAUUAAUAUUUUUUGUUUUAUAUAAUUGUGCCGUGCAUCAGCCCAACUGAGCGAAAACCACUUUAGAUUCCUAACUAUAAACUCUAAUUCACUGUUUGAACAAAUUUUAUUCAGUACUUUUGCAGGCCAUGGUUCAUGAUAGAUGUCUUGGAAAAUAUAUAUUCCAGACUUUAUACAUUUUCCCCUUACAUUUAAGCCUUGCAAGAACUGGGUUCUUGCAUUAAAUAUGAAAAAAAUAAAAUAAAAUCUAGUGGCUGCUAUUAAGUUACCAUCACUUGUUAUCCUGUGACCAGGGAAUGCACAGAGCGCCACUCACACCAGGGCCCCUUGGAUGGGCUUUAGUGCUGUGCAGAGACCAAGGUUUGGCCUUCAGAUGCCUCCGGGGGCUGGCUGGCCGCCCUGCCCGGCCCCGCCCUGCCGGCUGCUGGGCGCGUGGCGCAGAGCGAGCAGGGCAGCCAAGACCCCAUCGCCGGCUGCCACCGCGCCAGGUAGACUCUGUAGACUGAGCUCACACAGGCACAGGCUUUGACCGGGCGGGCGUGCCUUGGAUGCUGCCUCCGCGUCCGCAAGGAGACGCGCAGAUCUCACGUCCCAGUGCGGGUGUCUCGGGAGUGGCCGUGGCUUAGGUUGGGCGGCUCCCUAGGCACGCACGUCACCUUGUUUGACAGCCUCCUACUAAAUCAGAGAGCAGCGCCGGCCAGGAGCCUCGCGCGCGUCACUGGCAGCUCCGGCGGAUUAGAACUCGCCUCCUUGCUCCUCCCUGCAGUCCCGUUUAAAGUUAAGGCUGGCUUUAAGAGAAAGUUGAGUGAGCCUAGUAUCUUCAGCGCUUUCUUCUGCGACAUGAACACCAUUCUGCCUUGCCAAGAUCAGUAUUUUGUAGGAGGCCAGAGUUCUAAUUGCCCGUAUUCCACUACCACGUCAGAAUCUGGUGUUGACGUUUCCAAGGAGACUUGGGUCUCUUUCUGGGCUGCUGGUCUCCUGGACAACUCUGAGCUCCAACAGGCACCACAUGUGUUGGAAUCGCCCAGUGGCUUCAGUUUCCCUGUUCCUGACUCGUGUUCAUGGGAAGAGACUGAGCUCUCAUCCCAGCUCUACAGAAAUAAACAGCUCCAGGAUACUCUACUACAGAAGGAGGAAGAACUUGCUAGGCUACAUGAAGAGAAUAAUCACCUCAGACAAUACCUGAAUUCCACUUUGGUUAAACGUCUGGAAGAGAAGGCCAAGAAAUUGUUGUCAUCGGAUGAGUUUUCCAAAGUGUUUGGAAAACUCAGGAAAGAGAAGAGGAAACCCAAAGAACACAGACACCCCCCUACUGAGAUUCCCCAGUCCAAAACUGCCAAGAGAAACCUCUCCACGGAGUUUACUAACUGUGAACAACAACCUGGGCCCCAUGUGGACCCCUGGGUUCUUCAAACCCUUGGGUUGAAAGACCUCAACACCAUUGAUGACACCCUACCAGCUAACUACAGUGCCACCGCUGUCGCCUCUCAUCUCAGAACAGUUCCCAGUACAUCCUCCCAGUUUGUACACGAUGAAGUUGGCUAUGCUAAUGUCCCCAGAGACCUACACCUUGACUAUGUACAUCAGAGAACGCAUGCCUCACAUACAACCUCCACUCACCAGGAUGAUUGUUUCAGUUUUCCUAGGCUUUCUAAUCCUCCAGUAAGGGUGCAAACUCUUCCUUACCACACUGCAGAUGUGUCACCCAACAAGACAGAGGUGGCCUUUUCCACUUCUUUGAGCCCUCACUGCAAUGUGAAAACGCAUUCUUUCCACCAGGGACAAGCCUUUGUGUGUCGAGAUGAGGAGGGAGGUUGGAAGUUUACCUGGGUCCCUAAGCAGACCUAGUGACUCCCUUCUUCUAUCACAGACUACUGCCAGGAUCUCCAUCUACGAAGACCUCUUGCAUAAGGACUUGACCACUGAGAACACAGCAGCCCUUGCCUGCCUCUUGCCACUGCCAAUAUUCCUUUAGGUUACACAUGUAAACUUGUAGCGUAUGGUUGUUCAUAAACCACACUAAUGGGUCUGCUCUUCCUUUACUCAUAUUUGACCCAUUUACAUGUUCAUACCUGCUGUUGGCCUUCUCUCAUUGUCUGGUGCCUGGGAAUAUAUUUUCUAAUUACCGGUGCAUUUUUGUUUUUCUGUUUUUGUUUUUUAAGACAAAACUGUUCUUUUCCAAUUAUGGCCAGUUUAACAGUAUAUCAUAUUCAGUCAAAGUGUAAACCUGGCUUCCAUUCAUCCUCUGCUUGUCUUUAUUUCUGAAGGCUACAUUUAGAGUGAGUCCCAAUUCUCUUUCACAUACUUGCCACUGGAUGUUUACAGAUGGGGGUACUGCCCUUUGGCACUACUGAAGACACAGGGUGGAUGUGAGUAACAUCAUAUCCAUGGAAGAUCAAACAAUUAAAUGUACCAUAGUGAGUGUCUCUUAAACAAAGCUAACCUCACUGAUAAGCAAUACCAAUGACAGAUUACAGCAGUCAAAAGAACUGCAUCUGCUUUAAAGUGUCACGUGGUAUAUUAAUCUCUAUUGGCAGCUAACAUUGUUUCUUUGAGCAAUACGGUACAAACUUCUUUGAGGGACUUUAAUUUUUUUUUUUUUAAAAAAAAGCAAGGUUUCCCAAACUAUACAGAGCCUGACAACUGUUUCACUGGAACAGUAAGUUGAUGUUGUCUUACCCUUGUUCACCCUUCAUUCAGCAAUUCCACCAAAAUAUUUAUGGAAUACGUAGUAUCUGUGUUGGACAAGGUACAGUGACAUAUGUCCCAAGAUCAACAACAGCGCCCCAGUUAACCUUGAAAAAGCUAUUUGAUUUGUGUGAAGGUUUGACUUUUCUGACUCUAGAUUACAGGCAGAAGACUAGGAAACCACUAACAUUCUGAAUGUUUGUGUGGGUUCCAUCAGCUUCAGUCCAAAAUAACAUCCCAGCCUAUUCCCUUUAAUUUUGGUAAGUGAUGCAGGCAUUGCAUAGGGUUUAUAUACAAUCAAAACAAGAAAAAUGAUGAUAAGCAAUCUAUUUGUAGCAUCACCAAUUCUGUUCUCAUAUAUUUUUCAGCAUCAGCCAGUUUUGUGUGUUAGUGAGCCUGGUAGAGAAUCAUUUGCAUCUACCAAUAGAUACGAAUUAAUUCUCAGACUGUGCAUAGGUUGAAUGCAAAUCCUAACAGCAAGGAUUCAUCCUUUUCUAGAUUAAAGAAAUGUUCCCACGUGUUUGUUUCCUUUCCACCCUGUUCUUGUCAGAAUUAAUCAUACAUCAUGGACAUUCACCUGUACUGUCUGCACACAGUUCAUUACUAUUUCUUUCUCCAUCAUCCUCCUCAUCCUGUCACUUCACAGAAAGCACGUCUGAAAUGUCUACUGACUGUAAUUUUUUUGUUAGAAAGAUGUGCCUUUGGUUUUUGGUCUUUGUUCUCUGUUUUAGUUUGAUCAUAAAAUUCAAAGAAUCUGUGUUAUAAUUUCUAUCGCUAAUCAGUUUUGUUUACUGGUACUCACUGGGGUGUUUUCAUAACUUAUGGAGCGAUAGAACUUUUAAAAGCUUCCUUUUCAAAAGAGUUCCUUUUACAUUUUAGUAUCCACAUCCCUGGUGGGUAAUGUCAAUCUCAUUUUAGAAUAACAAAGUGAACAUUAGAAUAGAUUGUGUGUUACUCUGCUAGGAAUUGUGUAAAUAACACAAUUACUUUGAAAGUCGAAUACACAGAAAAUCAAAUUGGCAAACAAAUAUUUAUGUUACGUUGUUUAAGCACUGUAUUGUGUGAUGUAUGCCAUGAAGAAAUACUCAAGUUCAGCACAGUAUUUUGGGACACAAAGAACAGCCACAUACACAUCACAGCUUUGAGAUCAUUUCACAUCAACUUUGUCUCAGCCUAAUGUAUAGAAGUUACAUCCCAUUGAUAACUUGUUUAGAUGUAUAAUAUAAAAGGUGGUAACAGAGGGAUUACCACAUAGUUUUUGCAAUUAUAUCUUGAAAUUUCUCAUAUUUAUUUGAGUUACAUAUAGACUCUCAUUUUGUUGAUGUGUAAGAAAUUCCAAAUUUCAUUAUGUGAGUACAUGUUCUGACUUUUAUGGGUUGAUCUUUCCUCUCCAGCCAUCCACUUAAUAUUUUACAAGGUAAAGUGACAAAUGAAAACCCUGUCUUUUGCUGAAUGGGAUGGGCACUUUCACAUGGUAGAAAUGAUUUCCAAAAAUAGAUAUCGCUCCUUCUAGGUUGUAACCAUAAUCUUCUCUAUUUGCACUAAUUUUGUAACAUGUUUAUAGCUGGAUUAGUAUCGUUGGGACUUAGGGUUACUGAUUGUUUCCUUUUUCCAGGUAUAUAAGUGAGACUUUUGAAUAAUCUGUGGCCUAAAAGGGAUCAAAUGCUUAAUCAGUGCAACUGUCUUAAACCUACCUUCACAGGAGAAUUUGAAUCUAAUGUUGAUUUUAAUCAUAUUAAUAAUAUUAUAUUAAUUAUUCAAAAUUUUAUAUAAUGUAUUUUGAUGACUAAUAUCUCCAACCCCUCCCAGAUCCACCUUCUCUACCCUUACAAACCCAAUAUCUUUGCUUUGACUUAUUUAUGAAUCAACCUGAUAGGUUUAGUUCUUAUAAUAUACAUUUAUGGCAUACCUAUGUUUUAAAAUAUGUUUAAAUCUUCAUUUUCUUAGAUGGACAUAGACAUUUGGUUUUAAUUCUUACAAAAAUAUCUAUAAAUGUCAAGAACAAUUUACUUCUUGGAGUGUAAAUGCUAAGAUUUUUUUUGAUUGGAACUAUUUCUAAGUAUAUAAGUCAACUUUGUAAUCAAUCUAUGACCAAUAAAUUACAUAACUUAU